AUGGCACUGAAUACUCGUCUUUUUGUGGGUAACUUACCUGAAAUCACAUGUGAUGCGGAUCUAAAAACAGUCUUUUCAUCAUAUGGUGAAGUUGUUAAUGUUGAUAUUAAGACUAAGUCUGGUGCAGAAAGUGAGAACAAGAAAUUUGCCUUCGUCACUUUAUCUUCGUCUAACUAUAACAUUGAAUCAUGUAUUCAGCAUUUUUCAAAUGAAGAUUUUCAUGGAAGUAGAUUAUAUGUGACUAGAGCUCGAGAAAGUUUUUUGGAAAGACUACAGAGGGAGAGAGAACAGGCACAAACAAAUAAUACUACUAAGGUCCACCAGAAUGAAUUUACAGCCAGGAGAAAUAACUUUGAACAACCUGUAAACAAUAAACGAAAAUUUUUAGAUGAUGACAAUUUAGAUAAUGACAAAUAUUGCAAAAAUAAAAUUACAAAACAUAAACCAGGUGAAGAAAUACCAAAUGGCUACCAUACCAGUAAAUGUGACAAGGUGGUUCCAUUAUCUGUUGACAAGAAGCAAGAAUCGGAAAAGAAAAGGCUCGAGUCUAUGAAGAAAAAGAGACAAGAGUUUAAAGAAAAGAAAAUGAUUAUUAAAACAGGAUUAACUGGCAUUGACAAAGUGAGUAACAAGAAAAUAAUAUUCUCUGAUGAUGAUGAUGUUUCAAAUGUGAAUAAAACAACAAACAGGAAGGAGCUGUUUGAUGGUGGAGACAGUGAUGAGGAAAUUAAUUUUGAAAUAAAAGAACAAUUUGAAGGCAAGAAGGGACAAAAGGUUCUGGAUUUGCAAUCUAGGUACAAAUCAGAUAAACGUUUCAUAUUAGAUGAAAGAUUUGCUGAACAAUCUGAUAAUGAAGAAGACAAUAAUAUGAAAGGGGAAUUAUCGGAAGAUGUUGAAUUAAACCAAACUGAUGAAAAGUCGAAGCAACUUAACAUUCUACAGGACCUACUAGGUGUACCUAUUAAAGUCAAAUCACAUGAACAGCCCAAUAAAGUGAAGACAAAGCUUGGUAUGUUAAGAUUCGAUCCUUUGCAACCAGAACAUGCUAAGUUUUUUGCUCCUGUUGAACCAAAACAAGAAAAUAUCAGCAAAUCCAAAAAGAAAAAGAAAGAAUAUGAGAUGAAAGAAUCAGAACCAACACCAAUUGAAGUGGAAAAGGUUGAAGUGUCAAAGGAACAAUUUUAUGAAGUUAGUGAUGUUUUAAAAGAGACACUAACGCAACCUACUGAAUUUAGCUUACGUAGUUUGUUUUCUAAGAAUGUAACACACAAUGAAGAAGAGUCGCAAGAACAGGAGACACAAAGUGUUACAAUUGAAAAGAAAGAUAAAAAAGUGAAAAAUCCCCUGGACCCAGGAGAAAAAAAUCCCUUUGUCUAUGAUUCAUCUGAGUCAGAGGAUGAAGAGGAAUAUAAAAAUAUAGCACCUGAGGUGACAGAAAAAUCUGAAGUAAAAGCAGUUUGGAGGGAAAAUUUAUUUUUUUCACAGUUUGAUAGUAGAUUAAAGGAUGGUCUGGAAUUCUUCAACACUGCAAAUGACAGUGAAAUUAAAAAAGAACGAAGGGAACUGAAAUCUGUUAUGAAAAAGCGACUCUACAACAAGGAGCGCAAAAAUAAAAUGUUCCAGAAAAAAAUUGGAGGUAGAAAGAAGACUAUGAAGAAAAAUUAUAGAAAAAAGAGUUGA